CUCAGCCAUGGGGUUAGUCAGGCUCCGUGAGAAUGCAAGCUGUAGUGGCAAGUUUCAAGAUAGUUAUCAAUGAAUGAAUGAGAGCUCACAGCACUAUAAUAAGGGUUCCAAGUCCACAAAACUAUGAAAGUGAUUCCGCUACCUGCGUGGGAAUUUGCAAUUUACCUGUUUCUUUCUGUUGUCAUACACUUGUAUUCAUUUUAUGAGGUUUACUUAGUCUCUAGAGAACACGCAGAGGAACUUGAUCAUGAAUUUGGACUGGAGAGAGGUGUUUUUUUCUGGAAGCUAAAAAAGGACCCUACGGACUUUGAAUGGAGCUUUUGGAUGGAAUGGUGUCGGUGGCCCUUGAUGUGGCUGAUGCUGGGACAUGUUGUGGUUUCACAGUUUGCCAGAAUUUGCUUUGAAAAGCACCGUCCAUGGUUUCUGAUGGUGUACGGUAUACUGGCUUGCUGGACUGCUUUGGGAACAAAUGGUCUCACAAUAAUAUUCUUGAAUAUAUGUAUAUCCUACAUAGUUGCAAUGCUGAAGAGUCCAUGGAUAACAUGGCUGAGCUCUAUGCUUAUGCUUUUAAUGUUACAUGAAAAUUCGGUGGAAAAUGUGCAGCGUGGUUGGUACAUAAAUGAAAAUGAGUAUUACUUGCUUCUUUUCACACUGACUGUCCGCUGCUUAUAUUAUACAAGUUUUAGCCUGGAAUACAGUUAUCAUCAAAUAUCCGAAAACGUCAGCUAUUCGUUUACAUCAAUGCUUGUUUAUGUGUUUUACUAUCCAGUGUUUCACAACGGUCCUAUAAUAACCUUCAAUGAAUUCAGCAAGCAGAUGGAUAAACAAGAUUUGGGCUGGUCGAAGCAUAGCAUUUGCGCCUUAACCUUUGAUAUUGUCCGCUUGUUUAUCUGGUGGUGGCUGGCAGAGUCAAUGCUUCAUCUUAUGUAUAUCCAUGCAAUCUACAGCAGCUACUCACUUUUAGAACAAGUAUCAUAUUGGGCUCUAGGUGGUCUAGCUUUGGCCCAGGUAUUGUUUUUUUAUGUAAAGUAUUUGGUGCUCUACGGCCUGCCGGCACUAAUCAUUCGUUUGGAUGGCCUAAACCCUCCUGCAUUACCACGAUGCGUUAGCACCAUGUUCAGCUUCACUGGAAUAUGGAGGAGUUUUGAUGUUGGUCUUCAUCGCUUCCUUGUGAGAUACAUUUACAUACCUUUGGGAGGAUCACAGCGUGGAUUAUGGGGAAUGCUUUUUUCCACAGCUUUAACAUUCACAUUUGUGUGCUUCUGGCACGGCGGACAUGGAUAUCUCUGGUACUGGGCAGCAAUGAACUGGAUUGGAAUAAUAACAGAACAAGGCAUAAAAAAAAUGCUUUCUACAUCAUACAUUCAAAGCAGAAUUGGUCAGACUUUAUCUCCAAACAUGUAUCGUCGCGUUCAAGCUGCUGUGUCAUCAAUCUCCACAGCCUUGUUGAUUUUAACCAAUAUCAUUUUUUUGGGAGGAGAAGAAGUUGGAAAAAUCUACUGGAGGAGAUUGUUCGUACAUGGUUGGCCUUGGGUUCCCCUCACAGUUUUCAUCUGUCUCUAUUUCUUUGCGCAGAUUGGGAUAGAAUGGGACACUUUUUAUUUCCGUCAAUACAAAGGUGGAUUUCCUCGAUGUUCCCUAUCUAAAUUAGUAAAAUAACUGGCGUCUGAAGGAUACACAAGUUAUAAGAGCCAAGCGAGUGUUACGGUUUCUCUUCUGUCUGGUUCCUCUGGGUGACUGAUACCUAAUAUUUGCACACCCACAUUUCAAGGUUUUUGAAUCCUAUGGAUUAUUAAAAUGUUAUGAGCUCUG